UGUUGGAAUGCAUUAUAAUUGAGAGUUUGGAUUAAUAGACUACAAGUUUACAACCCUUGAUAAAUUCAAAUAUGUUAUGAUGCGGUUGAUGAUCGAAGGGUGGCGUGAUCUUGUUGAGGUGCGGAUAUAUCAGAUAAGUGAGGAUAUGAAAUUUGAAUCCAUAUCAGUAGUGGACGUGAAUGGGUUUGUUUUAGUCUUUUGAAAGCCUUCAUCCUGGAUUUGUACGUUUUUCGUAUAUAUGCCGGGAAAAGUGCCUCAAAGCUAGUUUUAGAAUUUGGUUGCAGUUAAGAAUCCUAGAAGUAGUAAGCAGUCCAAUCACCAUUAGAAUUUGCUCCCUGGAAAAUUUUCAUAAUAUUGCUUUUCCACUGGCACCGAUCAAUGGCUCCGGUGUCUUGGUCUGAUGACCUCCCAGAGGGCCUGCUUCAGAUGAUCUUGAGGCAGCCAACAGACGUGGUUAGUCUUUACCACUACCGCGACGUGUGUCGUUCAUGGCGGUCGGUUGUCGACAAGCUGUUACAGUCUUCACCUCCGGCUCCACACCUACUUGUCUAUGAAAAGCGAAUUGACAACACUAUAGAACGCGUACGGUUGUUAAAUAUUUUCACCGGCGACUCGAGCAUUUGUGAAAUUCCCGAGUUCAAGACUGGUGAUGGGCAGCCCUUGUUGCCCACAAGCGUCUACUCCUGCCAUGGUUGGCUGCUAAUGGAUUGCACAGCAUGCAUGAAUCACGCCCAUGAUAUCUGUCUCUACAACCCAUUCUCAAGGGCUCGGAUUCAGCUCCCUCCGUUCAUAUUUGACCACUCUCUAGAUACCCGGGAAAUCAAACUUGUUCUAUCAGCUAAACAGACACAGCCAAGUUCAAUUGCUUUAGCUAUUCGUCAGGGGCAAUGUCUUCAUGAAAAAUUCAUGUUUUGGAAACCAGGAGACGAGGAAUGGACACCCAUUGAUAAUUCUUGCAAGAAGCGGAUGUGGGUUGGUGAUAUUAUAAGCUUCAAGGGUGGAUUCUGUGCAAUUGACUUCUACGGGAACGUUACGCAAUUCGAGUUGAGUCCUGUUCCUCGUGCCACAAAAAUUCCAACUCGUAAUAAAAAUGGCGAGACGCUUCUUUUUGGCUAUCUGGUGGAAUCGCUAUCUGGGGAUCUGUUGAUGGUUCGUAAAGCUUUGAGCUUCCAGGUUUGCAAAUUGGAUUGGGAGAGGAUGGAGUGGGAUGAGAUCACGAGCUUGGGUGAUGAAGCAAUUUUCUUGGCUCGUAAUGAAUCUGUGUGCAUACGAGCUGGUGAAUCUACCGUAUACAGACCCAAUUGCAUCUAUUUCACAGAUGAUGCGGUGGCAUUGGAUAUCUUCAAAGACUCAAGGCGCAAAGAGAAAUUUGGGGUAUACGACAUGGCAAAUAAAACCCUCCAUCGGUUCCCUUACUAUUUUCCGUGUCACGUUAGUCUACGCCACCGAUGGUUCGCAAUGCACUUGUAGCUGUAACUCCUUCAGGGUUUUCAAAAACGAAUUGCAUUCUAAGUAUUUGAUUGAAAGCGGCAAAGACAACAGCUAUUGUCUUUCGUCUCUGGUGCUUAGGCUGGGCACUUUGAAAGAACUCUGUUAUCUUGCUAGUUUAAUUAUCAUCUCCAGUAUAGUUUCUUUAAAUGCAGCAAUUGUCAUUUACAAGCUUAGCAGCAUAAUAUGUGAAUGUUCAAAACUGUUUGGUCUGAAUUCGAUUUAUGUUGUUGCCUGUAAGUAGGAAGUGACAGGGAACAACUUUCUCAGCUUUCUGCGUCUGUUUGUAUGCCAAUAUGCCAUCAUUCCUCUUUCUUAGAAAAUGAGCCUUAUUUGCUUC